UCCGUCUCCGACCACCACCGCGGCGACUCCCCGAUCGAUCAAUUUCCUCAGCGGGACAUUUUCCUUUGUCUCCUCAUUCUCUCAGGUCGCCGGAGAUUCGUCGGCAACAAGUUGAUGUGGCUAAUCCGGGCGAUUGUUCCUGUUCGAUAUUUGGGAUCUUACAAGAGACCUCAAAAGCCGCCAUGGAUGAGAAAUCCAGUGGUAUUCUACUCAGACUUUUCGGAGAAGAAAGGGAAAGUUGCUCCUUUGCAGGAGACUAGAAUGAGAGAUAGGUUUACUUUGUACGCACGAGGCGGUGAAGGUGGUAGUGGUUGUUCUAGCGUCCGCCGGAGCCGUGCCGAUCGCUAUGGCAAACCUGAUGGUGGUAAUGGUGGGAGAGGAGGUGAUGUGAUUUUAGAAUGCACACACGCAGUUUGGGAUUUCAGUGGAUUACAACCUCAUAUUAAAGGUGGGAAAGCUGGACACGGAACUUCCAAAAACAGGAUAGGAAACAGAGGAGAAGACAAGGUCCUGCUAGUGCCUAUUGGGACAGUGAUUCAUCUUCAGGAGGGUGAGAUUCCAUCUCAGGUUGAAAAUGAGUCUCCCAAAGAUUUGGAUCCAUGGGACCUUCCUGGCUCACUGGUUGAGGAUCCUGCAUCCGAGGAGAAUUCUGAUGUUCAUCAGGAAACUAUGUCUGAGUCUGAUCAAGAUGAUACUGAGCAGGAGAGUUUAACGAGACAGUUAGGCAUGCCAAAGGAAGCUGAUUUUGAAGACGACGAUGAAGAGAUUGAUCAAAUCAGGUAUAAUGUUGCCGAAUUGACACAACAAGGUCAGAGAGUAAUCAUUGCUCGUGGCGGUGAAGGUGGUUUGGGUAAUGUUUCCGCUACACGUUAUGUAAGAGGCAGUAAGUUUGCUAAAUCCACAAUCCGUCAAACCAAUUUGAGGAGCAUGGAAGACGAUGCUGAAGAGGAUGAUGAAAGGUCGAGUAUUAAAGCCGGUUUGCUCGGUUCUGAGGCUGUUCUGAUAUUAGAACUCAAGAGCAUCGCCGACGUUGGCCUUGUUGGGAUGCCAAACGCAGGGAAAAGCACUCUUCUUGGUGCAUUAUCCCGAGCUAAACCCCGUGUAGGUCACUACGCGUUCACGACACUCCGUCCCAAUUUAGGAAACGUAAACUACGAUGAUUUCUCCAUGACAGUAGCGGAUAUUCCAGGUCUUAUAAAAGGAGCUCAUCAGAACAGAGGGCUAGGCCAUAACUUUCUCCGCCACAUCGAACGGACCAAAGUCUUGGCUUACGUUGUGGAUUUAGCAUCGGGGCUAGACGGUUGCGAAGGACUGACGCCGUGGCAACAACUGAGAGAUCUGGUGAUGGAGCUUGAGUUCCACGAAGAAGGGUUAUCCGAUAGGUCAUCUUUGAUUGUGGCGAAUAAGAUCGAUGAGGAAGGUGCGGAAGAGAGAUUGAAAGAACUUAAGAGGAGAGUGAAAGGAGUGAAGAUAUUUCCGGUUUGCGCGGUUCUUGAAGAAGGCGUGGCUGAGCUGAAAGAUGGUCUGAAAAUGCUUGUCGACGGUAAUGGUGAGCCAUCGGAGAGAUUAAAAUUGGAGAAUAUAUGUGUUGACUAGUUUAUUCCAGUAGAUGGACAAAUUGAAUUGUCUUGGAGAAGUGGCUCAACUAUUGUCCAAUGAAAUAGUUUAACGAUUU